AUGACUCUUCCUCUCGGUUUGAGUAUAAAUAACAGCGAGCGGAGACACGUUACCACAGUUGCAGCUUCUUCGGCACAACCGACACAUUCAAUCAUGAUCCGUGCUUGCCUUGUUUUGGCUCUGGCCACCAGCGCCUUCGCUGGAUUUGUCAACGGGGGAUACGGUCUUGGUUACGGCUAUGGCCUCGGAUACGCUCACGGCCUCGGCUACGGUCACGGCCUCACAUACGGUCACGGUCUCGGCUACGCUGGUCUCGCUGGCUACGGCUACGCUCCCGCUAGCUAUGCUGUCGCUGCUCCAGCUGUCGCUCGCACUGUCUCCUACGCUGCUCCAGCCGUCACUAAGGUUGCCACCGUUCACGCUGCUCCAGCCAUCGCCACUUACGCCGCUGCCCCAGCUGUGACCAGGGUUGCCACCUACGCUGCCGCCCCAGUAGCCACGGUUGCUAGCACUGUCGCCACCUAUGCCGCUCCAGCCGUCACCAAGGUUGCCACCGUUCACGCUGCCCCAGCCGUCGCCACCUACGCCGCUGCCCCACUCGCCACCUAUGCUGCUGCUCCAGUUGCCACGUACGCCGCUGCUCCAGCCGUCAGCCGCACUUUCGCCACUUACGCCGCUGCUCCAGCCGUGACAAAGGUUGCCACUUACGCCGCUGCCCCCGUCGCUACCUAUGCUGCCGCUCCAGUCGUCACCCGCACUGUCGCCACCUCUCACGUCGCUUCUCCAGUUGUCGCCGCCUACCACGCUGCUCCAGCUGUGACGACCGUUGCUCACGCUCCAGCUCUCGGCUACGGCUACGGAGUUGGACACCUCGGCUACGGUCUUGGCCACUACGGCUAUGGGCACGGUCUUGCCAGCUACGGCCUCAACUACGGUUACGGCCUUGGCACCUUCGGUGACUACACCACCCUUCUUCGCAAGAAGAAGUGUAAGUAUAAGUUCUAUUUUAAUCUAAUUAACUAUUGA